AUGGGCUGCCUGGCCAUGUCUUGGGGACAUGAAGCCUGGUUUGCCAAGUGGGAACCGAGGGACCUGUGCUCCAAGAGACACAUCCAGGGACUGCAAUCAAUUUCCAAAGGGCCUUUUCUCCUUUCAGCGAUGCUGUUAAGAAAGGCAAUAAAUCAUGUGCCACAAGAAUCUUGGGAGAACCCACGAGCUUGGGAGCUGGUGACAGACCCCCAUUCGGAGCGCUCUCUGCACAGCUACACAGCAACCCCGCCCCCGCCUGCCCAUCAGGACGGCUCCGCAGCUGCAAAGGGCGAGUGCUUGGUUCCCAAGGCAGGGCCCAGCUCCAUGGAUCUCCUCGCCUCACUCUCCUCCUUGAGCCUCAGGGACCCGGUGGCCACGGCACUCCCAGUUCUCCCCAGAGUUGCUGUUCCCACUUCUGGCUGUGAGGAGCCCGCCUGGCACAGCUGCGUGAGUGCCAGGCGUCCUUGCCUGAAACAAACUGCAAUUCAGCACGGGAUUCCAGGAUUCCAUGGCAACUGCUCGUGCCCUGUGUUCCGGCCCCGGCUGGGGCUUGGGAGCAGCCGCUGUGUCAUGGGGGAUCCACUUGUUUACCGACAGCCCCAAGGACCCGGACAUGGUGCCAGCUCCCCAUGCCUUGGCCCUGAAAUCUGGGAGGCCCAUUGCGGCCGGUGCUUCCCCCAACCCCACUGAACAUCUCCUUCCCGCCCUGUGUCCACCCACCUCCUGCCCAAGACCCCUGAGUGUUCGUGGGCUCUACCUGGUGGGAUGGUCUUUGGCUUGUAGACAGGGGUUGGUUGGCAGCAUAGUGUCCCCUAUCGAUGUCCACAUCCUAACAAUGAUGUCCACAUCCUAGUGGGAGCCUGUGACUACCUGGCUCGGGGGAUACAGGUUGCAGAUGAAAUGAAGGUUGGAUCAGCUGACUUUAAACUAGGGCGGUGACCCUGGAGCAUCCCAGGGGGCCCAGUGUAAUCACAAGGUCCUUAAAAGUGGAGGAGGGGCCAGUGUGGGGCUCACACCUGCAAUCCCAGAGCUUUGGGAAGCCGAGGCAGCAGGAUCCCCCGAAUCCAGGAGUGCGAAGCCAGCCUAGGCAACAAAGUGAGACCGAGUCUUCAAAGCCAGCCUGGGCCACAUAGUGAGACUGAGUCCUGUCUCUACAAAAAGUAAACAAAAAUUAGCCGAGUGUAGUGGCGCAUGCCUGUGGUCCCAGCUACUCAGGAGGCUGAGGUGGGAGGAUUGCUUGAGCCUAGGUCAAAGCUGCAGUGGCCAUGAUCACACCCCUGCACUCCAGCCUGGGUGACAGUGAGACCCUGUCAAAAAAAAAAAAAAAGUGGAGGAGGGAGGCAGGCGAGCCGGGCUCAGUGAGGAGGGCCCAGGCUGCAGCGGGUGCCAGAAUCUAUCCUGGAAAAAGGAAUGACAUGAACACGAGGGAAGCCCCAAAGGGCCAUUCAGUGCAGUGCUGAGCGAGAGGGGAUGUCCUUGAGGAGCCACGAGCCCUGGUGAUGAGGCCGUGGUGGGUGGGGGCCCAGCGGGUAGCAGGCGCCCCCUCUGCGUGCGCAGCGGGGCUGGUUGCUCCACAUAUCACCCUAGUGCAUCCGAGUCCCGAGCUGCCACUCCUGCCGGCCUGCUCUGGGGCGGGGCGGGGCGGGGCGGGGCUUGCACAAGCAGCACCUGUAGGUCCUGAGUGUGUGGCUCCCUCAGCCCCAACACACCCCCCAGCCCAAGUGGUGGAGCAAAGGUCUCCGCACAUGGCCUUGGGGUGGGGUUAGGACCCCAGUCCCUGCCACCACCCAACAGGCAGGGCUUUGGGCAAGCUACUCAGUGCCCGAGACCUAAUUUCUGGUCGGCAGGUGAGAGGGGCCGGGGGGACAAGAGCCUGUUCCCAAGCUCUCCAGAAGUCAGGCCCCUGAGGUGGUGCAGUGUGGCUGACAUGACCAUCCCCACGGACCCUUGCCUCCCACUCGCCCCGCAGGACCGUGCCCAGGCCUGUUGCCUCUGCUGUGGCUUCCAGAACAUUCCCCCGGCUCCCAAUCCCUGCACGGACCUUCCUGCUUGGGAAAAACCUCAAGGGACAGGCCAUGACCUGCAGAGCAGAGUGUGAUCUGGAAACGGGAGCCUUUCAAGAAUUGGCCAGAUGGGGACAGGCGUAGUGGCUCACGCUGGGAGGCUGAGGCAGGUGGAUCACCUGAGGUCUAAAGUUCGAAACCAGCCUGGCCAAUAUGGCGAAACCCUGUCUCCACCAAAAAUAUAAAAAUUAGCUGGGUGUGGUGGUACAGACCUGUAAUCCCAGUUACUUGAGAGGCUGAGACAGGAGAAUCGCUUGAACCCAGGAGGUGGAGGUUGAGGUGAGCCAAGAUCGCGCCACUGCACUCCAGCCUGGGUGACAGCGUGCGACUCCAUCUCAAAACAAAAAGUAAACCCAAAAAGAGUUGGCCAGAGGGAUGUGCAGAUGUGAUUAGGACUAAGGACCCACACAGCCCCAGGUGGGUACGGCCCCUAGGCCUGGAAACACUUCUGGCCUGCAUGAGAAGUAGUGACGGUGGGCGUGGGUCAGAGGCCCUGAAGUGGAGGAACGGGCCACGAGCCAAGGAGAGUGGGGGCCUCCAGAAGUGGGGAGGAGCGGGGAAGCGGCUUCUCCCCCAGGAACUCUGACGUGGCCCAGAUUUCAAUGCAGACUUGAAUGGGGCCUCUAACCGUGA